CCCACUGCUGCGCCCGACCAACCAACCAUCCGGUGUAUCCGACUGGCACGCGGCGACUAGUCCGUCGACUGGUUUCAUUGUUGUUGAUUGCUCGCCUCGACGGUUUGCGUGGCCGUCGCAUCCCAAAAGCCACGGAUCGUGCCCCCGACCGCAAUUUCCCUCACCGGUCGACCCUGUCUCGUCUCCCUAGAAUGUCCUGCUCGUUGCAUCGCUCUGCUCGCUCUUACUCCGUCCCCCGCCGUGUCCGCCUAUGUUAGAGCUUCAGUCGCGUUCGAAUUCCCCGGAGGUUGGACCCGCCAUUCAUGGCGACGUCCCGUGGACGGUCCUGGUGGGCUGGGUUGGGCUGAUCUGGUAUACGACCGUGGUGGUAGUGUGCGUCCUGGGCUACUCGCAACUCUGGAGACACUACUACCAGAAACCCCGGAAAUCCUCAUCCGCCGCGGCCUCAAACGCCCCUCACGUCACCGCCAUCCGUCCGGUCAAGGGCCUCGAACCCAACCUCUACGAGUGUUUGGCUUCGACCUUCCGUCAGGACUACCCGGCCGACAAGCUGACCGUCUGCUUCUGCGUGUCCUCCCGACUGGACCCCGCGUAUCCCACCCUCCAGAAACUGGUCUCCGACUUCCCGCACGCCGACGCCCGGCUCUAUGUUGAGGAUGAUGACCCGUUGCUCCAGCCGGACAACCUCCCCGCCUACGACUUGGGUCCCAACCCAAAGAUCCGGAACAUGAGCCGGGCCUACCGCGAGGCCAAGGGCGAUAUCAUCUGGAUCAUCGAUUGCAAUGCGUGGGUCGGCAAGGGCGUCUGCGGACGCAUGGUGGACCGGCUUUGCGGGACGGGCUCUUCGGGGAAGAAGUACAAAUUCGUGCAUCACCUACCGGUGGCUGUGGACAUGACGGGGACCGCUAGCCUGCGGGAGGAACAAGAGGCGCUACUGGAGUCUUAUACGAACGGGGAUGCCAACGCCCUUGAGAGCGACGCCCCCGCGAUGCUGGGCCCCGGAGCCGGCGUCCUUGCAACCGGGGGCGGUCGUCUGGAAGAGCUGUUCUUGUCGUCCUCGCACGCGAAGAUGUACACCGCCAUCAACACCGUGUUGAUCGCGCCGUGCAUCGUCGGCAAGUCCAACAUGUUCCGCCGGUCCCACCUCGACUACUUGACCGUGUCUCCGGACGCGCGUCGCCGCAACGCGGGGAUCGACUUUUUCUCUGACAACAUCUGUGAGGACCACCUAAUCGGGGACCUGCUGUGGAAGAAGCAGAUCCGCGAGGAGAAAGAGCUAGGUGAGCGCUGGGGCAAACACGCGCUGGUGUUCGGGGAUCUGGCCUUCCAGCCGGUGGCGAACAUGAGCGUGCAGGCAUACGUCGCCCGGCGGGUGCGGUGGCUGCGUGUGCGCAAGUUCACCGUGAUGCUGGCGACGCUCGUCGAGCCGGGCACGGAGUCAAUCCUCUGUUCGUGUUACGGGGCGUGGGGCGUGACGACAGCCCUAGCACACUACCUCGGAGAUCGAGGAGGAUACGCCGUCGCGGAGACCCUAUCCACAUGGACUGCCUUCUGGGGAGUGUUCUUCCUUAGCAUGGCGACCUGGAUCCUGAUCGACUGGACCGUGUACAUCAUGCUGCACUCCGGCAAGACAGUCGAGCUGGACGAGGACACGCCGUCCUUCGCCCGGGCCCCCCGAGGCAUCACCCGCCGUGCCUUCCGGACGUGGCUCGCCGCCUGGCUGGGCCGGGAGAUGCUGGCGUUUCCGAUCUGGGCGUGGGCAGUGUACGGCGGAGUCACGGUGACCUGGCGGGAUCGGCAGUUCCGCGUCGGUCUGGACAUGAAGGUGCGCGAGAUCGAGGACAGUUCCCCCCAACUCCGCCUUCUCCGAGCUCAACAACCACUCCACCACCUGCCUUCCCCUCGACAUCGUCCCCGCAUCCUCACUCUGACCGUCAGCCCCAGCCUGCCCCUCCCCAAUCUCAACCUCCACCUCCUCAUCCUGCUCCUCCUCCUCUUCCGCCCCCGGCUCAGCAGCCUUCCAAUCCGCCCUCUCGGCCAAGAACACGGCGUCCAGGCCCGCGGCGUUGGUGAUGCUCACGUCCGCGCCCGCCUCGACGAGCGCUUUCACGCACUCGAGGUGCGUGUUUAG